GCAAGUUGCGUUAAAAAAAAACUCCCAGCUCUGGACUGGGUGGGUUAUACCGUGCAAACGGUGCAGUUGCGCGUGUUUGUAUAGGCAGGCUGGACGAAAGGAAGAAGAAUAAAAAGUAACGGGACAAAGAGAAACUUGACUAAUGAUAACUUUGUUCAGGAAGUAAAGAAAUCUCGCAGACCAGUCUUCAGCUCUAACCACCUUUGAACAGAUCCAAGAGUCACCUGUUGCGACGAUAAGAAAUCGAAGAUGUCGCAGCCGGAGAAUUUAGCUCUUGUGGUUCAUGGACCCGGCGAUAUAAAAUUGGAAAAACGUCCAAUUCCGGAACCGGGUGCUGGUGAGGUUCUGUUGAAGAUGCAUUCAGUUGGGAUCUGUGGCUCUGAUGUCCAUUACUGGCAACACGGAAAAAUUGGAGAUUUUGUUGUGAAGAAACCAAUGGUCCUGGGGCAUGAAGCCGCAGGGACUGUGUUUAAACUGGGGUCUGGAGUACAAAAUCUUAAAGUAGGUGACAGAGUUGCUAUCGAGCCUGGUGUCCCGAGAGAAAAUUGUGAGUUUUGCAAAACUGGACGUUACAACCUCUCUCCGACGAUCUUUUUCUGUGCUACCCCUCCUGAUGAUGGCAACCUUUGUCGGUACUAUGUCCACAAUGCCAGUUACUGUUACAAACUUCCUGAAUGUGUGAGUUUUGAGGAAGGUGCAAUGAUUGAGCCUCUGUCUGUUGCAAUUCAUGCCUGUCGCAGAGGUGGAGUAAAUGUGAGCCACAAGAUCCUCAUCUUGGGAGCAGGGCCAAUUGGACUUAUGAAUCUGCUUGUCACCAAGUCAAUGGGAGCAGGUCCAAUUGCUAUUUGUGACAUGGUACAAGAGCGACUGGAUAUGGCAAAGUGCUUGGGUGCCUCUUCUAUCUUUAAAGUAGAGAAGAAUACCUGCCCUCGGGAAUUGGCACAGAAGGUGAAGAGUGCUCUUUGUGGCAUGCCAGAUAUAACUAUUGAGUGCACUGGGGCAGAGCAAAGUGUCCAGACUGGAAUCUGUGCUACCAAGCCGGGAGGAGUAUUGGUUAUGAUUGGCUUGGGCUCACCGUCAACAAAUGCCCCUCUGCUAACUGCAAUAACCCGAGAGCUGGACAUCCGAGGGGUUUUUAGAUACUGCAACACGUGGCCUACUGCAAUUAACAUGUUGGCCUCAAAAAGAAUAGACGUGAAGCCUUUGAUUACACAUCGCUUACCCCUGGAACAAGCCAUAGAAGCAUUUGAGUUGGUGAAGAAAGGUACAGCUCUCAAAGUGAUUGUGUUGUGUGAGGAGCAGCAGCAGCAGCAGGGGAAGACACUGGAACAGUGCCAACAGCAAUGUCAGCAGCUGCUGCAGCAGUGUCAACAGCAGUGCCAACAGUUGAAAGACCAGUGUGCAAGCGGCCGCUCAUGAGUUUGCUCAUGCUCUUUGUUUUGUCCAGACGUGGAGUGACUCUUAUAGCACAGGCCUCAAAGACUCUGUUUUCACCUAUUUAACAACUGUCCUGAGUCUGUAAUAAACACGCUGAAUAAUA